AUGCAAAUCUUUGCCCAACAAAAAGCUGAUUACGUAGUUGACAACGAGAUUGUACUGAUGGGUAUUUUUUGUCGAGAACAAGGGAAUUGUGAUGAAGGGACACUGCCAAUCAAAUGGAUGGAUGAAAGAACAUUGAAGAAAGCAAGAGAGAUUUCACUUCAGAUGGAGAGAAAAUGGGAUUUCUACAUAUACGAAGCGAAGGAGUUGAAUGUUCGCCCUUUCAAGAAAGUUGCUCCAGACGAGGGUCAGGUUACGGAAAGGGCUUCAAGCUCAAACAUGAUGUAG